UGCGGCAGCCUUCAACGUCUUCGCGGUUGUGUUUACGUUUCCAUGGAGAGCAGUCACACACACACACACACACACGCGGGCGCGCGCACCUUUAUCGUAAAUAGAUAGAUCCGUUCAUUUGAGCUGGCGCUAUCAGCGGGAUACCAGCCAAGGAAGGACUAACGACCCUACAUGAAUCUGCUGACCCCACUCUGUGAUUUUUACACGGACUAAGACUUUGUGGAUCUUGCCUUUUCACAUGGAUCGGUUGAUGCAAAAUGAGCUUUAAACUCCCAGGAUCGGCUGACAAAGACAAACACUGGCCAGCUGGCGAUAUUUUCUUUUGGGAAAGAAGACGUGAAUUCUGGCCGGCGAAGCAAAGACAGAACAACACUUCAAGUUAAGGGCAGACGAAGAAGGAUAUUUUGAUCAGUGAAUCAGCUGUGUGUUUCUACAGCCCAUCUCAGAGAGGACUAAAGUUAAGAAGCUCAUGAAACCACUUUGAGAAAUGAUGAAUCGCUACACCACCCUGAAGCAGCUGGGUGACGGCACCUACGGCAGCGUGCUGAUGGGAAGAAACAACGAGUCUGGAGAGCUUGUAGCUAUCAAAAGAAUGAAGAGGAAGUUUUAUUCAUGGGAGGAAUGUAUGAACCUAAGAGAAGUGAAGUCUCUGAAGAAGCUGAACCACGCAAACGUGGUGAAACUAAAAGAAGUUAUUAGAGAGAACGAUCAUCUCUACUUUGUCUUUGAGUACAUGAAGGAGAAUCUAUACCAGCUCAUGAAGGACAGAGAGAAUAAGAUGUUCUCAGAGAAUGAAAUUAGGAACAUCCUGUUUCAAGUGCUAUCUGGGUUGGCGUUUGUACAUAAACAUGGUUUCUUCCAUCGAGACAUGAAGCCAGAGAAUUUGUUGUGCAUGGGUCCAGAACUGGUCAAAAUAGCAGAUUUUGGACUGGCCAGAGAGAUCCGCUCGAAACCUCCCUACACAGACUAUGUAUCAACCAGAUGGUACCGAGCUCCAGAGGUCCUGCUCAAGUCAUCUAGCUACAGCUCUCCUAUUGACUUGUGGGCUGUAGGCUGCAUCAUGGCUGAACUAUACACGCUCAGACCCCUUUUCCCCGGGAGCAGUGAAGUAGAUGAGAUAUUUAAGGUCUGCCAAGUCCUGGGCACUGUCAAAAAGACAGAUUGGGCAGAAGGCCACCAGCUAGCAGCUGCCAUGAACUUUCGAUUUCCUCAGUGUGUGCCGACACACCUGAAGACCCUUAUUCCAAAUGCCAGCAAUGAGGCUAUUGCCCUGAUGAAGGACCUGCUGCAGUGGGACCCCAGAAAAAGGCCCACUGCUGCACAGGCUCUGCGCUAUCCUUACUUCCAGGUGGGCCAGGUCUUGGGGCCACAUCCUCAGAGCCAGGAGGUCAAGAAGGUCCAGAACAGGCCGCUGGCUCAGAAACAGGCCUCUGAAUCCAAGGUUGACCCACAGCAGUCUUCCUCUGAGUCUAAAGCCUCCACAACCUCCUCCAGAAACCAUCAGCAGCCACUUCAGCAGAUCCCCCUACCCCAGGCUGAGAGUAAACCAGAAGGCCUCAGCCAUGCAAAGGCUCUGAGCAGUGAGAACAAUGCUGGUGGUGUUGGGAUGGUGAAGAGCGGUCGCCGUCGCUGGGGCCAGACAGUGGCCAAGACCUCAGACAGCUGGGAGGAAUCUGACUGUUCAGAAACUGCCGCCUCCAACUCCAAGAAGCCCAGCCUGGUGAAUGCAGAGGAGGAGAAGAGCCCCAAGGACCAGUGUCCACAACACAAGGAGCAGAAACCUCUAUAUUCCUUCAGCACAGUUACCAAGCUACCAAACAAUGUAAAGACUGGCCAAAUGGACUCCAAUCUCCCAGGAUCUGCAGCACGCCAGCACUAUCUCAGGCAGUCCAGAUACUUGCCGGGCUUGAUCGGCAAGAAUCAGACUUCCUCUGGAGACAAGGGGCUGAAUGGUAUGACGCUGCGGGACCUGUGGGAGAACUCCUCAAACACUGUAAAUAAGCCACUCGGUCCAGUUGGGGGAGGAUUAUCGGUCACCAGGGCCAACGCAGAAGAGACUGCUGCAAAGUCUUUGGAUAGCCCACCAGAGAAAACUGUUGUCAAAGAAAGAAUACUGGAGAAAAUUGAUCUCUCCAAAGGGAACUUUGUGAGCACCAAGUACAACCUCUCCGGCGGUUACAUCUCUUCAUUUCAAAAGAAAGAGGUGGGCUCAGUGGGACAGAGAAUCCAGCUUGCCCCUUUGGCUGGCCAGCAUACAAUACAUUUUUCUUCUUCUCCCGAUAAUAAAAAAGACACCCCAAAAUCUGCAAAGCUCAAGCCCAUAUCCAACUCAUCAUUAAGAGAAACUGGUGAAGAUUACGAGGGCUGGAGAAAGAAGACGGACAGCACUCAGUUGAAGGGCAGCAGCUAUUCGGCACUGGGGAAAACCUCUGGAAACCUCCUGACCAGAGCUCCUGCUGUGCAGCCCGUCCACGGGAGGGUUGAUUGGACAUCCAAGUAUGGUGGAAACCGGUAGUUUGGGAAAGAACGUGCUACAGCUUCUCCUGCUCGUUAGGCUUUGGAUGAGAAAAUUAAACAAGGGUUGUUUGAAUGAAAUUACAUGAAGAGAUGCUCAGCACAGCCCACGUGCUUCGUCAUGUUUAUACAAGUAGGACCAACUUUACAUGCGUUGAAUCUCUGUGUUCUGGAGAUGAUGGUUGCCAUGAUGCUUAAACAGGACUGGUUCUGUCCUCAAGACAGUCCCACUUUGUCCCCUGCAGGAUCCAGUGUGAGCCAAUUUCUCUGUUAUUGCUUGGAUUUUUUCAAUAGGAAUGUAGCUCAGCAUUUCAACUUUUUUUUUUAAUUUUACCCCAAGUAUAGUUUCAUGUAACAAAGUCCUCAAUGGUUCUUGCAGUGUUACAUCCUCUGUUUUUGGUCAGCAUAUUGUAGGGGACACACACUAAAAAAAAAAAAACUUAAUUUUCAUAAGAAUGACUGAAAUUGUAAGAGAACUGCAACCGCUUUGUAAUAUCCAGCGAAUAAACUGAAUUUUUUUUUGUAAUCAUUUUUAUACAAAUAAAUAUAUGAAAGUUGAA